GGGUCGGUCAGUCAGUUUGCGGAGCGGCUUCCGUGAACCGUGCUUUGACGUACACAAAGUCCGCACAGCUCUUCACUCAGGGGGCAGUGUUUAACGUUUCGGCCAAAGGAGAUUUAUUCAUUCGUUCGUUGGAAAUGAAAACAUUUCCUCUGAAUUUGUGCUCUCGUUUGGAUCUGUGACUUACUCCACAGGCUGACCUGUUUUUACGCACUUGUUGGCUCUUCGCUCACGCUUUCUGCUGCUCGUUUGCAGGACUCCUGAGUGUGUUUGCGGAGAGCAGGGGGUUGACAAAAGGCUUUCAAACGCAGGAGAUAAAUGUAACAUAGAGGUGUAGAAACACAGCGAGUGAGAGUGGGGUGUUUCCUUCGCAAAUCUGUGGAGUAGUGUGACAAAUUCUGCCAUGAGGAAGACUUCUUUUAAAACCUGCACCACCACAACCAGCACCGAGGUCUGGGGUAUGGCUUCCUCCAGCCGCAGUUUGUAAGAAGGAAGAUCUGUGUGCACUGUAAGUGUCGUCGUGAGGAGCAUGCAGUGACAGCCAUGCCUGUAGAGAUGGAGAAGACGGUCACCAAGCUGAUGUACGACUUCCAGAGGAACUCGACCUCAGAUGACGACUCUGGCUGCGCACUGGAGGAGUACGCCUGGGUGCCACCGGGCCUCAAACCUGAACAGGUCCAUCAGUACUAUAGCUCCCUGCCUGAGGACAAGGUACCCUAUGUGAACAGCCCAGGAGAGCAAUACCGCAUCAAACAGCUGCUCCAUCAGCUCCCCCCCCAUGACAAUGAGGUACGCUACUGUAACAGCCUAGAUGAUGAGGAGAAGCGAGAACUGAAGCUCUUCAGUAACCAGCGGAAACGAGAGAACCUUGGACGUGGCAAUGUCCGCCCAUUCCCCGUGACGAUGACUGGAGCAAUCUGUGAACAAUGCGGAGGCCAGAUAAAUGGCGGCGACAUUGCUGUUUUUGCAUCACGGGCGGGUCACGGCGUUUGUUGGCACCCUGCCUGCUUCAUGUGCAGCAUGUGCAACGAGCUCCUAGUGGACCUCAUCUACUUCUACCAGGAUGGAAAGAUUUACUGUGGCCGGCACCAUGCUGAAAGACUGAAGCCACGUUGCACCGCCUGUGAUGAGAUUAUCUUUGCGGAUGAAUGCACCGAGGCGGAGGGGCGUCACUGGCACAUGAAGCACUUCUGCUGUUUCGAGUGCGAGACAAUGCUGGGGGGCCAGCGUUAUAUCAUGAAGGAGGGACGUCCCUAUUGCUGCUCCUGCUUCGAGUCCCUCUAUGCCGAGUACUGCGAUUCCUGCGGCGAACAUAUUGGCAUUGAUCAAGGCCAGAUGACGUAUGACGGACAGCACUGGCACGCCACUGAGGGUUGUUUCUGCUGUACCCGCUGUAAACGAUCCCUGCUAGGUCGGCCUUUCCUGCCCAAGCAAGGCCAAAUCUUCUGCUCACGCUCCUGCAGUCUCGGGGAAGAACCUAAUGGUUCAGACUCAUCUGAUUCUGCCUUCCAAAGCGCUCGUUCCACCAGAGAGUCUAGACGCAGCUCCAAGAAAAGUGGAGGAGGUGGAGGUGGAGUGCAGGCAGAGAGAUUUUCAGGUGAGGUGGACCCACUGUCUUUGCAAAUGGAUCUUCUGAGUCUUUCCAGCCAAACACCCAGUUUGAACCGUGAGCCAUCUGCCUGGCAGAACAAGGAGCAGGCAGGUGAUGCUUAUAGUUAUGACUCCCAGUCAUACCUAACUGGCAACCCCACCCCUCUCCAGCUCCUCAGCCAGUGCAACGUCAGGACGGCUUAUAACCCUAGACAGAACAAUCAACAGCAAGAUCACAGGAUCAAGGAGAAUGGAGGUUUGAAACGACCCACCAUCUCAGCAAUGAAGGGCCACUCUCUAAAUGAGAUGUGGUUCCAACAGCCAGCUCCAGAGGAGUACUGUCCACCCAAACUGAGGACCCAGAAGAGUUUCACUGAGGUGUCCAAUUGCUCUCAACACCACAACAGCUUCUCCCCUGACAAGCGCUCGAUCAGUCUGCAUGGCUUUCAGAGGGACAGAGACAGAGAUGGGGGACCUCCAGCAGCACCCCAGGUGGAAAGAAGCAGGAAGCCCAUCAGUGCACUUAACUUUACUGAGCAACUGACCCCUCUAGAGCAGACCCCAAGAGCAUCCAUGGAAUCCCUGGCUUUGCCCAAUGCUACAGGAACCUCAGCAGAUGGAGGAGGAAAGCGCCAUGAGCACCUUUCUCGUUUCUCCAUGCCAGACCUGAGCAAAGACUCUGGCAUGAACAUGCCAGAGAAAGGUAAUAUGGGCAAUCUCAACUCCUCAGUGCAGUUUCGUAGCUCUGAGUCCAUUCACAGCCUCACCACCGGUCAGCCCUACAUGGAAAUCGAUCCCCCUAGGUCCUCCCAGUACAAGGUGCAGUAUCGCGAUGUCCCUGGCGUGGGUGGAGGUAAGGGCAUGACACAUUUACCUCCUGGCUUCACCUUCCAAGAGGAAGAUAGGGUUAGUUUGGUGAGCAGCGCCAACGCAGCCCGUCUGCCACCCAUCACUGAGCGCAGGGUGGAUGGGAUCGGGGGUAGACGAGGAGGUGGAAGGGGAUCAAGUAUCCAUAUAGAUGCUCCAGAGGAAAGUCCACAGAGGCACCGGCAUCACCACCACCGCUCCCGGAGAUACCGACGUUCUCGUUCAGAAAAUGCUCUCCACUUGGUGGCGGAGCAAAGGGCAAGACCUCAAGAAAGACCACAACUGUGUGUCCGAGAGGACUAUGACCGUUUCACACCACCAAGGAGCAUCAAAGACCAGUUUGGAGUAGGGGGGGGAAGAGGGGUAAAAUACCGGCCCCAGCUCUUUCGACAGUGCCCCAGGACCACUUCAGACCUGACACUACAGAACCCCAGGGCUAGCCGCCGCACUGGCUUGAACCAGUACUCCUGGGAUUAUUAUGAUGAUGAUGAUGAUGACUGGUGCUCCACCUGCUCUUCAUCCUCUGAAUCAGAGGAUGAAGGUUACUUUCUGGGUGAGCCGAUCCCCAGACCCAUCCAGCUGCGUUACCUGAGCAACCAGGAGCUUGUUCAUAAGUACAACAACACAGGAAUCGGAGGACCCAACCACAGCGGGCAGUUACACAACCGCAAACGUAGAAAAAGCAAGAACUGCAUUAUCUCCUAACAUCCUGAUAUCUGGCACAGUAAACGAUGCUCUGUCCAGCUCGUGUACACUAAUGUCAUCCAUCUGGAAAAAAAACAAAAAAAAACAAACAGUCCAUUUAUUUCAGUGUUGCAUAUCACGCAAUUGAAAGUCGGUGAUGAAUUACAGUCUGUAAACAGUGAAAAAACAGCAGUUUGCAUGUUUGUUCAUUUUGAUAUUUCAGAAUAUCUCCUGGGUGUUAAAGCUAAUGGCUACAAAUGCAGUUCUGUCAAUUCACAACAUUUAUCAAAAGCUGAUGUGCAGGUUGUUUUUAUCAUCAACUCCAUGCAGCAAACAAGUGUGCAAGGUAGUCUAUUUGGUACAGUUUAGCUUUUUCAUGCAAUGUGAUUUAGAUAUAGGAUAUACCUUAAAUAUUGUAUUCAGAUCAUAGUAUGUACAUAGAUAAAUGAAAUAAUAAUUUCACUUAAGUUAAGGAAGCCAGUAUGUAAAUAUGGUUGUAAAUGAGGCCUCACAUAUUUUUAUAUUUUGUAUGGAUAGAAUCAUUUAUGUAUUAAUAUCUAUAAUGUAGAGAUAGAAAGUGACAAAAACAACUUAUGCAUGUUUUAUUUGGCUGACCUGGUCCUGCAUUUGGAAUAAAGGAGUAUUUCACUGA